AUUACAGACGUCCACACGUAUCGGGAUUCGUUGCGUUUUCAAAAGUUUUACUCUAGAAAGAGUUUCAAACGUUUGCGGAUAUACAAUGCGUAAUAAUCAUUGGUAAUAAUACGUAAUGUUUUAAAAAGCCUUGGAGCUACUUUCGUUUAAUAAUUGAGAAAUUCCCGCAUCGGGUAUUGGAUCUCGUGAUCGCAGAUCAGCUUUGUAGGACCCAACGAUCACUAAAGUCACUAAAAUUUAUCGAAGUUAUUUGUUUAUGUACGACGCUGUAUCGUGGCUGUAUGGUAUAAAGAAUUGAAGAAUUGAAGGAACUGAUAAAAAGCAAGAGCAAAGUGUGAGUAUGAGUGUGCGUGGAGAAGAAAGAAAACUACAACUUUGGUUUGAACUAAGAGAGCAAUUUGAACGAACUCAAGGUUCGCUCGAAGUGGUAAAAUGUCUUGUUCAAGAGGGCGCUGAUUUAACUUUCAAGGAUGCACACGGGAGGACUGUGCUAUACUCUGCUGUUACUAAAAGUACUUUGGAUAGAGUAAAAUAUCUUGUUGAGAACGGCGCUGAUGUAAAUAACAAGGAUUGUGACGGGUGGACAGUGCUGCACUCUGCUGUUACAGUAGGUGCGCUUGAGAAAGUAAAAUAUCUGGUCGAGAAAGGCGCUGAUGUAAAUGGCAAGAACGCCGAUGGAUGGACUGUACUGCACUCUGCUGUUACUGAAGGCACAUAUAAAAAGCAAAAGUCGAGAGAAAGGAUGAGCGUAGGUGAAGAAGAAAUGAAACGGCAAUUUCGGGAUGAACCAAGACAGGAAUUUGAACGUACAGUUACUGAUUUAAAUGGCAAAGAUACCGAUUGCUUCACUGUGCAGCACUCUGUUGUUACCGAAGGUGCUCUUGAGAUAGUAAAAUAUCUUGUUAAAAAGGGCGCUGAUGUAAAUGGCAAAAAUACAAACGGGUGGACUGUGCUGCACUCUGCUGUUAAAGAAGAUACGCUUGAAAUAGUGAAAUAUCUUGUUGAAAAGGGCGCUGACGUAAAUGCUAAGGACACUGACGAGAGGACCGUGUUGCACACUGCUGCUACAGAGGGUAAGCAUGAGAUAUUAAAAUAUCUUGUUGAAAAGGGCGCUGAUUUAAAUGGCAAAAAAACAAACGGGUGGACUGUGCUGCACUUUGCUGUUGCAGAGGGUAAGCUUGAGCUAGGAAAAUAUCUUGUUGCAAAAGGCGCCGAUGUGAAUGUCAUGUAUAAGAACGAAUGGAGUGUGCUGCACUAUGCUGUUACAAAAAAUACGCUUGAGACAGUAAAAUAUCUUGUUAAAAAAGGCGCUGAUGUAAAUGGCGAGGGUACUGACGGGUGGACUGUGCUGCACUCUGCUGUUACAGAGGGUACGCUUGAGAUAUUAAAAUAUCUUGUUGAAAAGGGCGCUGAUGUAAAUAGCAAAAAAACAAACGGCUGGGCUGUGCUGCACUCUGCUGUUACACAGGGUACGCUUGAGAUAGUAAAAUAUCUUGUUGAAAAGGGCGCUGAUAAAAAUACCAAGGAUAAUGACGAGUGUACUGUGCUCCACUCUGCUGUUACAGAGGGUACGCUUGAGAUAGUAAAAUAUCUUGUUGAAAAGGGCGCUGAUGUAAAUGCCAAAAAAACUAACGGGUGCACUGUGCUGCACUCCGCUGUUAGAGAGGGUACGCUUGAAAUAGUAAAAUAUCUUGUUGAAAAGCGUGCUGAUGUAAAUGGCAAGGAUACUGACGGGAGUACUGUGCUGCACUAUGCUGUUACAGAGGGUACGCAUGAGAUAUUAAAAUAUCUUGUUGAAAAGGGCACUGAUGUGAAUGGCAAGGAUAAUGACGGGAGUACUGUGCUGCACUAUGCUGUCACAGAGGGUACGCAUGAGAUAUUAAAAUAUCUUGUUGAAAAGGGCGCUGAUGUGAAUGGUAAGGAUAAUGACGGGAGUACUGUGCUGCACUAUGCUGUCACAGAGGAUACGCAUGAGAUAUUAAAAUAUCUUGUUGAAAAGGGCACUGAUGUGAAUGGCAAGGAUAAUGACGGGAGUACUGUGCUGCACUAUGCUGUCACAGAGGGUACGCAUGAGAUAUUAAAAUAUCUUGUUGAAAAGGGCGCUGAUGUGAAUGGUAAGGAUAAUGACGGGAGUACUGUGCUGCACUAUGCUGUCACAGAGGAUACGCAUGAGAUAUUAAAAUAUCUUGUUGAAAAAGGCGCUGAUGUGAAUGGCAAAAAAACAAACGGGUGCACUGUGCUGCACUCUGCGGUUGCUAAAGGUAGGCUUGAAAUAGUAAAAUAUCUUGUUGAAAAGGGCGCUAAGGUAAAUGGCAAGGAUACUGACGGGUGGACUGUGCUGCACUCUGCCUUUACAGAGGGUACGCUUAAGAAAGUGAAGUAUUUUUUGGAAAAAAGCGCUGAUGUAAACGCGAAAAAAACUGACAAAUGGACUGUGCUGCACUCUGCUGUUAGAAAGGGUACGCUUGAAAUAGUAAAAUAUCUUGUUGAAAAGGGCGCUGAAGUCCACAAUCAUACUCUUGGUAUUGAUAUUUUGAUAAUAGCAAUUGCGAAAAAUUCGAUUGAUUUGGUCACUCUUCUGUUAAAAAAGAACGUCAACUUAUGGAGAGGUGGGACAUUUGUUGUUGAUGGAAGAAAGUGGAGUCUGCUUGAAAUGAGUAUUCACCUUGGUCAUGAUGAAAUUGCAACUAUUCUUAAAAGGUCCGUAAAACAUCGUGAGAAAAUUCAGGUGCUUGGUACAACGAAAUGCAACCAAUUAGAGAAGACUGAAAUUCCGAUACAGGCUUUUGUCGCCGAGAGGCAAUUCAGAAUUGGUGAUGGUGCUUCCUCUUGUGUCUAUGUUGGUCUCAUGAAGGAUGGAAGCGAAGUUGCUGUUAAGAGAAUGGCGGUGCAAAAGUUCGAUAAAAUAGCUGAGAACGAAAAGGAAAUUAUGAGUCUCCUAAAAACAGAAAAUUCUCCAUUUAUUGUGAGCUAUCGACAUUUUCAUAACGACGGGAAUUUCAUACAUCUAAUUGUUGAUCUUUGCGAGGAAACCCUGACUGAACUUGUCGGCUCUCAAUCUAUUGAGCAUCUGCAAAAGCAAGGUCCAAGAAUGAUCAAAGAAAUUCUAUCAGGACUGGAAUUUCUUCAUGGUAAAGGAAUAUUACACAGAGAUCUCAAACCAUUAAACAUCCUUGUUGAUAUCGAAGGCAGUUUGAGAUUGGCAGACUUUGGAUUAAGCCGAAUUCUAAAGGACGACGAAACGGCAGUUGCAACAGAUGCUAAAGGCACUGAAGGAUGGAUACCGCCAGAAGUGAUUGAGGCAGGAGAAAAACAAGAAAAAGGUCCAUUCAAAAAGAAAUCAGAUGUUCAUGUCGCGGGUAUGAUUGCUUUCUACGUUUUAACUAAAGGUGAACAUCCUUUCGGAUCUAAGUUAGAUCAAACGAAAAAUGUUUUGAAAGGAAACUCUGUCAAUUUGAAGAAACUUGGUGAUCGUAAAGCUCGAAAUUUUGUGUCGUGGCUGAUUAAUCACAAGAUUGAUAAAAGACCUUAUGCUGACGAAGCGCUGAGAGAUUCUUUCGUCAAUAAAGACUAACAGAAUUCAGAUGCAGAUUAACGAAAGUUUUGAUUAAUUAUUGGAUCGAUCUACGUCAAGUAAAGAAUUUUUUAGACUUGAACUUUUACAUAAUAUGUUCUAUAUUUUAGCCCAAUUUAUAGAAAAUAGAGAUCAUUCACCAUCAACUGCAAAAACUUUCUUUCGUUCACAGCGUUUCCGCAGUGGACGAAUACUUGCGCGAAAGCUUUAGGUCACCCCUAAAUGAUUUCGAACGUUUUAGGAUUUUUACAAAUGAAAAAUGUAUAUUGCAGUCAGUUAAGCUUGUACGCAUUUCGUAUUGACAGUCUAGGUUAAAGUUAAAUUCGUACUCAACUUUGAAAAGGAAAAAAAAUCACGAUUAACGCAAAAUUACAAGUGUGACCUAAAACGUCUUCGCACAGCAUCACAUGCGCUAAAUUUACUUUCAUGACAACUCUUCGAGAAAGGCGUAUUACGAGAUUUUUCGACUUUGAUUGAUAUACAAUCGGAUGUUUUUUUCUGUACCGAGAUUGCUGCAAUUUCAAACCUGCUUGUUGGCUUGUGCAAGCUUAAUAAUUUACCAUUUGAUAGCAUUUUUUGCAAUAAAAACUGAAGACGAAGAACAACGUUUUUGGCCUUGUAUUUAAUAAUCGAGAUGAAUCAAGUAAAGUUUGUGCGACCGGCAAAAAAUACAGCAGAUUUCUACAUGCAAAUAUCACAAAAUCUUUACAAAAUCUUGGACGAUGACGUAACAGAUAAUAUUAAUGAGGAAUUCCGUUGUGUAACAAAUAAACUUGCUAUUAGCGAUGGAAUGAACAUAGUGGCGCCAUAAAAAUUCAUAUAUACGCUAUACUGAAAUACUGCUAGCCGGGAAAGUGUAAACAAGUCCAAGAUUACAGUUUUAUUUAACCCAGUACGGAAAAUGAGCUCGACCAGAAAAACGAUGUUAUUUCAGGCGGUAUUAAUAACAAUUUCAUCAAGGUAUAGCUAUAGCAUCAUCGAUGGAUGAACUCACAUACCGUAACUCAUUGGUCAAACUCUCAAAAAAUGUCAUACAUCAAAAAAUUCUUUAAGAAGUAAUAUGAUGGGCUGAGACUUCACAACCCAUAACGGAUGAUGAAGAUCGAUCUUACAGAAUUAGAUCACGAUUACAAACAUCUUUUCUCCCUCGAAAAAUGUAUGGGCGAAAACGAAUCCAUGGGUGGUGGUUUUGAUCGAGAAAAUGGUGAUCUUGAUAUGCACUUUGAUCUUGAAAGCCACUUUAACUCUAUUACAACGGUAGUAUGCAAACUUGGUAACAGGUUUGCAGGUUCAGGAAUCAUGCAAAGUAAAGAACCGAAAAAACAGGUGAGAAGAGAGAGAAAGACAUUUUGAAGCCCGCGUGUUUAAAGAAGAGGUCCAGAGUCCACCAUUACACCUUAUGGAUAUUCCAAGAAUUGGGCAGGUACCCCCAACUUUUACAUUCGCUGCCCGCAAACUUUUGCGCGUUGGAAUAAACCGCCCAUGUUUAUAGAGAUGCUCUAAACUGCAGUGAUUACAGGUAUUAAUUUAAAUACCAACCAACGACCAAUCCCAGAUAAACAGAACUUUAAACAAUAUCACCAAGCGAGGGAAAAUAUUAAAACUAAAGUCGGCAAAAAAUUUCUUAAACUUAUCUAUGCCAGCCCCAAGGCUGUCAACUGGUUAUGGGGCUUCGAGUUUCAACACGUUCGCUCUCAUUUUAUACUUUAUUAAUAUAACGGUGCUAUAUACAAAUACAAGAAUACACAGGAGUUACACGAUAUUCCUCGAGUUACAUAUUACAAGAUAAAGACAUAAAAACAUUAACAGCUACUUACAAAUAUCUGUGAUGGCUCUCUGGUGUCUGGCGAAAAAACGUUAUAGAUAAACUAACUAUGACAACAGGCCUUCGAAAAUGUCAAUCCUUACCGCGUGCUUCACAAACGGGCCUUAUAAAGCUCAUAACCCGGAAGUUCGUCAGCCGGAAGUGACACGGCUGUAACAUGGCUCCCCAAAAUGUUCACUUAGUACAUUUUCUAACUAUAAAAUAUCAAUAACCUAUAUUAUC